AUGCGGCCGUUGCUGAGUCUCCUCGGCGUGCCUGACGUCGUCGCCUCCGAGUUGGGCAUCAGCGACGACAGCGAGGAGGCAGCGGUAGCCGUUGUGCUGCGCCUCGACUCGGGACAACCGAAGCAGAUGGCGGGCUACGCUCACACAACAAUGCAACAGCGACAGCAUAAAGAGGAGCAGCAGAGGGAAAGCCUGUUGGCCAACUGUGUUCGAGGCACCCUGCGGGGAUCGGACGUACUGCAGUUCUGGACCGAAGUCAACCGCCCCGACGGCGUUGAGGGGCGCACCGCGAGUGAGUGGCUGGAGUACGUUGAAAGCGUGCGAGACGCGUAUGUGACGUGUGAACCGCUCUUCGCCUCGCUAGCCUAUAUGCUGCCGCGGCUCGACGAUACUGAGGCCACGCUUCAGAGCCGCCGCGCUCAUCGCACGCCUCCUAAGGAGCAGCGGCUGGUGCCGUUGGAUGUUAUCCAGCAGCAGUUGGAGGGCCUGCAGCGCGAGUUCCGCUGGACGCACGACGGCAUCGACGUGACGGGGCUGCGCGCCGACCUGCAGACCGCCCUCGCGCGCCGCCGCAUAACAAAGAGCCAGCUCUAUGAGAUUGAGCGUGCACGUCGCGAACAAAUCGAACAACAGAAACAGCAAGUGAAGCAACAACAGCCAGUGAUUAGUAACAUGCCAUCAGAGAUGACGCGGAUGGCGCAGUUCGAGGCCACGAUGCGCCUGUACAAGGGCGUCAUUGAUGAAGAUGUUGCCGCCAUCCGCAUAAGACUGCCGCGCCACCGGCCGUUCGCGGUACCGCAUAACCUCUUCCUCCGCACAGCACUGCACAAGGAUGUGAUGUGCGGUACAAACGUUUCUGAGAACAGUGAUGGUGAGGCGUCGCUGGUGCUGUUCGGCCGCGUAGAGGUGGUGGACGCGCCACCAUCGGUGGGCGCCACGCCUACGGCAAUCAAGCAGUGUGAGAUCGAGGGCGGUGUGCCGGUCAUUCACGUCAAUGUGAGUGGCACGACCUUCGCCCAGCUCGACCACUUCCCUGUUGACCGCGUGGUGCUGGAGGAGCUUCCGAACCCCAACCGCACAGACUCGACACCGGGCGUGGGCCUCACGCCGUGCUUGCAGCAGCUGCACGCCGGCAUGCGUGUGGCGAUGUCCCCGGCGACGCGCAAACACCUGUAUCUGCAGCUGUCUCCUUGCCCUGCCUUCCAGAUGCUGAGCCCGGCCGAGUACAACGAGCACCAGGACAGCGAGGUGUUGCAGCGAAAGCUGCAGCUGCCGCGGCUGCUCCGUGUUACCCUCCGCGGGGCGCUCGCAGAGGACAGCCACACACGCGGGAGGACAUCAGUAUCGUUUGUGGUAGAGGUGCGGCCAACGUUAGCGCGGCUACACCUGCGGCCACUGCCACCACGCGGUGAGGCCGCUGCGGCGCUGUCGUCGUGGCCGACCGCCAGUACCGGACGUCCGCUGCUGAUGUGUGAGGCCGACGUGCGACGCAGGGGCAUGGAGCUCGGCGUGGAACUCAUCGGCGACCAGUGGCAUGAUCGCGUGGGCGAAGAGAAUGACGAUGAUGGCUAUUAUCAUCAUGCUCCCAGGGCUGUUGCUGCCAAUACAGCACCAUUGCACUCGGUUGACCACCACGAACGUGGCCUCACCAGCAGCAGUGCCCCGCCUUCGCCAGAGGAUGGAUGGGGCGUGGGUGGCGGUCGUGCGCGACGCCGGUCGCCACACAAUGUGGCACUUGUGAACAGCUUCAGCAUUGUGGAGCACUACAGCCUUGACAGCGCUCACCACCUCUUCCUCAAACACGGCGGACUGUACCGCUCCCACUUUGUGAGCUACCUCUUCUCAAAGGUGCUUGCGGACCCGGAGAGCAUCCAUCGGCAUCGCUUCAUCCAUCGCUACAAUGACACAUUCGUGGGAGUCCGCAUUCCGGCAGAGCCGCGCAGCCAGAACGACCUUGAUAGCAGCGACGACAACACCGCCGUCAUGUUUGAGGGCGACUACCUUCCUCCGAUACGGCCUUUCAGCAGCAUUGAGGAAAUACUCUUUGCUGUGCCCGGUAUCGCGACGGAGUGCCGCGGGUGCCUGCUGGCCGACACGACAUACUUCGUGGCAGGUGACUUGACAGGGUUGUGGUCCUUCCCGCCUGCCAUGCUGCCGCCGCUGGACAACAGCUUGCUCGCCGCCCCAUUGCGCGUGCCGUUUUACACUGCCCUACGCGUACCGCGCGAGUGGCGAUUCACCACGAUGUGCCCCACCGCCGCGUGGGAGAGUCUACAGAGCGUGUGGCAGCACUGGCGGCCACCAGUUACGUUGCGCGGCGGCCAACCAUUUCUGCAGCUGGAGCUAGUGGUGUAUAGCUUGCGCGACAUGCUCGGCGGGGAGGUACCGUUGCUGAGGCGACCGACUGUGCUUCUCACAAGUACCCCACUGCCACUCAGCAUGUUGAUGAAGGAGAACCCCAGGAGGACGGGAAACCCAACCCUUUCAGAGCUUGUGUUUAAAGUCAACACAUCAGCGGCGGAACGGGCAUACGCGAUGAUGGCCGCCGAUUUUAUGCGCUACGGACGCAGGCACCUGCACACGGUGCAUGACUAUCUUCGCGAUGACCUCGGGAGCGGCGGCGCACUGGCGGUGAACGCCUCAGUCUUUCUGCAGGUGUGCGUGCCACCCACCGCUGCAGUGCAGGAGUCACAGUGCUCUAUUGUGAGCCUCACGCACAGUCUCCUUGUAAUGGAGGAGCCACAGGCUGCGUCGUACUACGUGCAGCUGCGCCGCGGUUCGUGGGGCUCGAUUCUCAACCCAGCGGCACUUCUGCACCACGCCGGCACUGCAAUGGUAGGUUUCUUCGUGUUCCCUCGCCUGCCAGCGGUGCGGGGGGCGCUCGCUGCUGGCGGCACACGUGACCUGAGGACCGCGCGCAUUGGCAUAAGCGUGUCACUCUUCGUGGCACUGGUGUUUCUGUAUCACAUGGCGGCACGGCUCUGGGCAGUGACAUGGACACUGUUGUGGGCGGCACUAUUCUCCCUUGUGCCGGAAGUGACUGUGGGAAUGUACUGUGUGCUGCACUUCCUCUUCUGGGCCUUUGCCAUGUGA